AUGUGUAGUAGUAGUAGUGAUAGAAGUUAUAGUGAUAGUAGUGAUGAUGAUUUACCAAAAGAACCAUUUAAUCCAUUAAAUUUAGCAUAUCAUAAUAAAUAUAAUAAACAUAAACAUAGAGAUAGACGUAGUCGUUCUAGAGAUAGAGAUAAACAUAGAGAUAAGGAUAAACAUAGAGAUAGAGAUAGUCGUUCUAGAGAAAGAGAAGAAGAUAAGUGGAAACAUGAUUUAUAUGAAAGUGAUAGUGAAAGAAUAAAUUAUGAAAAUAAAUAUAAAAAAUCUAAAUCUAAUCAUAACAACAACAAUAAAGAAAAUAAUAAUGAUGUUGAGAUAAAGAGUAUAACUAGAAAAGGUUGGAAAUCAAGAGCUGGUGGUAUAUAUAUACCACCAGAUGAAGAAUCUGAUGAUGAUUUAUAUACUAAUUAUAUACCAAAUCAUAUUUAUGAACGUCCUGAUCCAUCAUAUACACUUGAUUAA